AUGCCUGCAAGCAAUCUACAAUGCAACAAUCUUUCAUAUAUUCCUCUUUUUCGACCAUCGAAUCAAAAUAUAAACAAUUAUUCAUGUAUAUUUUCAACAAAUGGAUAUUCUCAAGCAUAUCCACUAGGCAACAGUAGUUUCCCAUCGGAAUCAACUGUUUCUUCAAGUAAACUUUUUUUUAGUAAAUUUCGUAUUCAUGAUAUGCAAAUAAAUUUCUUUUUUACAAUUUUAUUAGCUGAUCCAAUAUUGACAAGUUCUGCAACAGCACAGAUACCACCAUUAAUGCCUGUGAAAGUGUUACCAUUCCAACAACGAUCAUAUGAGAAUCCUACUUUACAAAAAUCAACUCAACAUACACCAAUUGAUUACUUUUCUGCACCAACAUCUCAGCCUUUAACUGCACAGAAUAUGAAACAAUCGAAUUCAUGUAAAUCAACAAUAUCAUCAGUAUCAACGCAAAAACGGCAAAGAAAACCAUUAAUUAUUAUUGAUCCAGUAUCAAAUAAACCAAUUGAAAUUCGUACACAAUCAACAAAUCUAUCAACAACAGAAUUAUCAUCGUCUACAAGCAUUGAAAAUGAAACCUAUUCAACGAAACCAAUGAUUAAUAAUUCAGUUAUAUCUCAUAUAAAAUUGACAAUUGAUAACAAUGACAGAUCAAUUCAAGCUGAACUGACUAAUUCGUCCAAGACUCAAACACAUAAGUCUGUUGAUUCAAUAUCUCUAAUGAAUGAAGACAUUAAUUCAAAUCUAUUAGAAUUUCAAUCAGCAUNAAUAAAUUUCUUUUUUACAAUUUUAUUAGCUGAUCCAAUAUCGACAAGUUCUGCAACAGCACAGAUACCACCAUUAAUGCCUGUGAAAGUGUUACCAUUCCAACAACGAUCAUAUGAGAAUCCUACUUUACAAAAAUCAACUCAACAUACACCAAUUGAUUACUUUUCUGCACCAACAUCUCAGCCUUUAACUGCACAGAAUAUGAAACAAUCGAAUUCAUGUGAAUCAACAAUAUCAUCAGUAUCAACGCAAAAACGACAAAGAAAACCAUUAGUUAUUAUUGAUCCAGUAUCAAAUAAACCAAUUGAAAUUCGUAUACAAUCAACAAAUCUAUCAACAACAGAAUUAUCAUCGUCUACAAGCAUUGAAAAUGAAACCUAUUCAACGAAACCAAUGAUUAACAAUUCAGUUAUAUCUCAUAUAAAAUUGACAAUUGAUAACAAUGACAGAUCAAUUCAAGCUGAACUGACUAAUUCGUCCAAGACUCAAACAGAUAAGUCUGUUGAUUCAAUAUCUCUAAUGAAUGAAGACAUUAAUUCAAAUCUAUUAGAAUUUCAAUCAGCAUCAACAUUAAAGACAAGUGCAUCAUUAGAAUGUGUUACAUCACUACCAUCAGCAACCAUAAAUAAUGAUAAAUGUCAACCACAAGCAAUACAACAGUUAAAAUAUGAUUGCGAUGAACUUUUAUGUAUUCGUGAUAAUUCAGCAACAUUUCCAUUGCCGAAAAGUCUUUCUCAUCUUCCAAUUGUUAUUAAUAAAGGUGAUCAAAGCAAAAUUGAUGAUAAUAAUCUAACCCUACGUGAUGUUGAGUCAAUACUACAUGAAAUUACACCAGAAACAUUUGGUACAUCGGCAAGAAAACUGAGAAGAUUAAAAUUUGAUUGUUAUGAAAAAUUAGAAGAAAUCGUUGAACUAUUCUAUUCCAAAAAAACAGCCGCCAUAUUAAAUACACGCGGUCGAAAAAAAGCACGUAAUUUUCAUGGAGUAUUAAUAAAACAUUGUCAAAAGCAAUACGCCAAUAUUUGUAGAGAAGAAAUUGAAUAUGAAAAACAGAAACUUGAAAGUGAAACUGUAAUAAAUGAAAAAAAUGAUACAGACGCAACGAAGAAAUUCGAAGAAGACUUUAUUAAAAUUAAACGAAGAAAGUUGAAACAUCUUCUUUUUAUGGGUAAAUUAUAUAGAUUUGGAAUGAUAUGGUCUUCUCUUGUGUUCGAGUAUAUUGAAUAUUUACUUCGUGAUAAAAAUGACGAAGAAAGUCUCGAAUAUUUACAUCAUUUAUUACAUACGACUGGUCAAAAACUUGAAGAUGCAGUGAUUCCAAUAGUACCAGAAAAAUCCCGAUUGGAAAAAUACUAUGGUCAAUUGAAUUCUAUUGUUAAAGAACAGAAAAUAUCAGAUCGUAUUUGUCGCAUGAUUAAAGGUCUUAUAGAAUUAAGACAAACUGAAUGGGUUGUUGGUCGUAUUGAAACUGAAUCAACACUAGUGGAUGGAAAUCAUCAACAACAAAGUUUAAAAUGCAAACAAGAGCUCGAGCAACAACAAAAUCAUGAUCAACAUAGUGAAACCAUUAUAUGUAGUGCAUGUAAUGGAAGUAUUCAACGACAUCAUACUGAUGAAAGUGAUAGUUGUGAUAGAAGAAAUGGAGAAANAAAUUGA